AUGAAGAUUGGCAUUGUCAACGCAGGCAAUAUUGGGCGGAACCUGGCAACGUCCUGGGUUCGACAUGGCCACGACAUCAUGCUAAGCAAAGAUACGUCUCCAGAAAAGCUUCGUACACGCAUCCAAGAACUCGGCUCAAGUAAAGGACUAGCUGAAACCGAAUUGGAAAAGUUCAAGUACGGUUCACUCGUCGAAGCGGCCAACUUUGGCGAUGUUGUAGUCUUUUCGGUAUACUUUCCACGACUGGGCCAUGUCCUCCAAGAGCUUCAACGAGCCGGAGUUACUCUUUCAGGAAAGAUUGUCAUUGACACCAUGAAUCCUCUCAACGUGAAUGAGAACUUUAAUCAUUACCACGAUAUCGAGUAUAUGCAAAGAACAUCUACUGCGGAGGAGGUACAGAAGGCAUUCCCGGAGGCAAUCGUCUUCAAAGCGUUCAAUACUUUUGGGGCAACUCUCCUUGAUGCCUCAAAAUGGACAUCGGGCCGUGUACCACCAGUUUUAUUCAUUGGUGGCAAUUCAGACUCUACGGAUACAGCUCGUGAACUGAUUGAAGAUGCUGGAUUCCGACCAAGAUUUGCAGGUCAUAACCUAAGAGAUGCGGGUUUGUUGGAACGAUUGGGGAUAUUGUCACACCGUCUGGUUGAGAAUGAGUUUGGCGGCGAUGCAAAUAUUGCCUUUGACAUUCUCCAGAGCAAAGCCUAA